AUGACUGACAGAAAAAGAAACUUUUACAAAACAAAUUUGAUGUCAGGUGGUGAUGAUUAAGAUGAUGAAGAGAUGGAAUAAUUCGAUGUCGAAUAAGAUUAUGAAGGGGGAGUUUUUGGUUAAGAUGGGGAAUUUUACUACAAAGAGUAGAAAAAUAUCAAUAAAAGAAAUAAAUUUACUAAGGAAGAUGCAAUAUAUGGUAGUUUUAUGAAUACUCAUGAUUAUUUUGAAGAUAGGGAUUUCUCUAAAGGUAAAUUAUUCGGGAUUGGAGAUACUGAAGCAAAAGGAACUGGUAAGAACUUCAAUGUCCCUAUAGCAUUUGUGAAAUCUAAAGCUAACCCUAUCCAAUAACCAAAAAAAGAGGCUGCAGUUUAAGUUAAAUCACACUUCAAAUUUCCUUAGGAUGAUUAAAAUAGGCAACAAAUAAAUUAGACUGUAGCUCAAUAAAAGAAAUCUGUGAGAUUCUCAGAGCAGGUUCAUAUAAAAGAAUUCCAUAAAGAUCCUUAAGAUUUUCAGAUGUCAAAUCCAGAAUAAGAGGGUGAUUAAGAUUAAAGUCAAUUUAACUAUUUCUAGCAAUAAUAAAAUAUGUAUGAUAGCUUUGAUGAUUAUUAUGAUGAAGAAAUGAAUGAUGAUAAUGAGCAAAUUGAAUAGAUUUAGAUAAUAGUUAGAAAUGAAAAUUUAAAUAUCAAGAGCAGCUUGAAAAAGAAAAACAAUAAAAUUAUAGAUUCUAAGUAACAAAUAAUUGAAAAUGUUGAAGAAUAAAAAACAAAAUAUAAAGUUAAACUCCCUUAAAAGAGAACUUUCUAAGAAGCAGAAGAAAUGAAUAAAGAUAUUACUCAUAUCAAAUAAAAAGAUGAAGAGGAUAAAAAUGCCUUGCCAGUGUAUUUUGGAAAGAAAGGAUCGAGAAAUGCUUAAAAGUAGUAAAAUGAUUCAAAAGAUCAAAUUGAAAAUUAGAAAGAAAAAAAAUAGAUGGAAAAUGUACUGUCAACUAAAUAUGGUAAAGGUUUGAAAAUACUCUAAGCUGUUAGUGGCUAUAAAGUUGGUCAAGGUAUAGGUAAAAGUAAUUAAGGAAUAAUUAAUCCCGUUGAGACUUUAUUCAAAAAAGAUAACGUAGGUCUUGGUGGUAACAGUUAGAAAGGUUAGAGCAAAGAAAUUUAAGAGAAGUAAGAAAAGCCGAAUAUCCUUGAUGUUAAUAAAACUGAGCAAGAAAAAAAAGUAGAAAAGGCAAAGCAACAGAAAAUUAAAUUAGAUAAAGAGGACUCAGAGUUUUUGAAUCUCUUAAAGAUUAGCAAAAAUCAAGGAAAGGUUCCAACUAUCAAGUCAAAAGGGGCUUUGAGCAGUUUUUAAGUCAAUACUCAGAAAGCGACAGUCAUAAAUGACAGCAUUGGCUCAAUGAACUAAGGACUCAAAAUUAUUGAUAUGCGAGGAUCAGAUUUAGAUUAAAAACAUCAAUAAAUCAUCAGUGAUUUAAGGGACCUGAAGUAAAAUGCAGAAAAUUUAAAUUAAAAUCAAAGAAAUUCAUUUGCCACUUAAACACCUUAAGCUAAGAAAUCAGAAAAGUUUAGAUUAUUCUAACAAGCUUUUGAGUUUAAAGAAAAAUAGAAGCAUCAAUUGUAAACAGUGAUCAAUAAAAAGAACUUCAAUGAAUCUUAACUCCUGUAGCUCAAAGUGUAACAUGAAAGUAUUUAAGAAUAGUUAUUAUAAACUUAGGAAAAGAAGGUAAAGCUAGAAUUAUUCAAGAAAUAGCUUGCCUUAAUUCUCUAGAAUAUUAAGGAGAAGGGAUACGAAAACAACAUGGAAGAGCAUAAGCUAGAAAGAGAUUGCACAGAGCUUUACCAUAGAUAUACUGAAUUUUACGUCUAGUAUAAGGUUAGCUUAAUGAUAAUUAAGCUAAUUGCCCAAACUAAAUUGAAAUAAAAUAUCUAGAACUGGGAUAUCUUAAAUUAACCUCUCAAUUAAUUUGAUGAAUUUUACCGAAUUCGUAACAUAUUGACAAUAGGCAAGCUAGAUCAUCAUCUCAAUUAAGAUUUGAAUUAAUCUAUGAAAUCAUAGAGUUAUCUGAGCAGAUAUGAUGUUGGAAAUAGUAUUUCUCAAGAUGAAUAUAUUAUUGAGGAUGUAAUGUAUUGGCUAUUUGAUACCUUCUGGAUGCAUCCAGUGAGAACUUUUAUCAAUACAAGAUGGAAUAUGAGAGAAUUCAGCUCUGAAUUCGCUGAAUGCUUAAAAAAGUGGCAAUUACUUAUCCCUGAGAAGUUUUUUAUCAAGCUGAUUCAAAUGUAUAUCAAACCCAAGAUCAAAAGAGAAAUUCAAGAUUGGAAUCCAAAGGAUACUAACAAAGAAAAUCUACUCUAAAAUUGGUUGUUCCCUUGGAAGGAUCUACUCUCAGAAGUUGAUAUGCAAUCAUUGAUUGUCUAAAUUAAGCUUAAACUCACUACAGCUCUAUCUGAAUGGAAAGUUGAGUCGAAUCUAGCCCUCAUUCUAAUUUAACCUUUGAAUGAAAUUAUGGAUAUGUAAUCAAUCAAUAACAUAGUGAUGAGAUCAGUAAUUCCAAAACUAACUUUUAAAUUGAAAGAAUUUUAGAUAGACCCAGCUAACUAGGACAUCGAUCUUUUGACUCUGAUAUUCUAAUGGGUGGGUGUGAUCGAUAAUAACACAAUGAUAAACAUUUUAAGAGAGAACCUAUUUAGUAAAUGGAUAGGAGCACUGGAUAUUUGGUUGAAAUAAGUGGAUGAAUCAACAGAUGAAGAAUCUGAUGAUGUACUUGAAGAGAUAUCUCUUUGGUAUCAGGGUUGGAAAAGUUUCAUUCCUGAACAAUUGAAGGACAAUCAACAAGUUUAGGAUAUCUUUAGAUUAGCCAUUCAAAUGAUAGAUUCUAAAGUUUGA